AUGACAUCCGUUCGAUCAGAAUUAGUAUUCCUAGUAAACACGUCUUCAUCAGUGCGAAGAGAUGCGACAUUUUGUAAAACGAUACAAUCUCUAAAAUUCCUAUUAUAUUCUCUUCCUCAAGAUUGUUAUUUCAAUAUAAUUUCAGUUGAAGACAAUCAUUAUAACAAGCUUUCUGAAACAAGCAAUCCAAAAAGCAAAAGAUUAUUUUCUAAAGCUCUUGGGUUUAUUAAUGAUUUCGAGUUGGAAUCUAAUUACGAAGAAUGUGAAGCAUGUGAAGCAGUUGAUAUUUAUGAGCCGUUGAAAUGGGCCAUUGAAAAUUCUUUGUCAGACAUGCCGUCCACAUUAUUUCUUUUAACAGAUAAUAAAGUUGAAAAUAGAGAUGAUUCUGUAGGUUGUGAGAAUUUCAUCGAAAAUUUAACGAACGUCGGAAGGGGUUACACACAAUUUCUUGCAACAAAUGAAAGAAUUGAAAAGAAAUUACGAAGUAUGUUACGAAAUGCUGUUACCCAUCCGAUUACAGAUUGUAGACUUAUUUGGACGACAACGAAUGGAGAACAAGAUGUUAUUGAAGAAAUUCCAGCACUUUAUAAUGGAAAUAGAUUUACCUUUUAUUGCAUUGAGGAAAAUGAAGCUUCCGUUAACGAUAAACUUUUAAUUACCGCCAAUUCCCUUGAUGGAAUUAUUGAAUUGAAAUUCGCUAUCGAAAAUAUUGUCUUAGAAGGGAAUAAAAUUCAUGCUUUGGCAGCUAAAAAACUAAUUGAAUCUUUUCAAGAUGGGAAUUCUUAUAUUCAUUAUCAAAACAAUGGUUAUAUGAGUGAGGAUCAAAUUAAAGAAGAAAUUGGUUCACUAAGUAAUUUAUAUAAUCUUGCUACAUCCCGCACGAGGUAA